CUCCGCCUCCACUACCUUACCACCCAAAUCUGCGAGUUCAAGUCUCACAUUGGAAUUUCCCUGCCAUGGCGUACAAGCCUGAGCUGCACUUUCUGGUGAUACCUUUAAUGGCACCAGGUCAUCUUCUUCCCAUGGUGGACAUGGCUCGACUAUUGGCUCGGCGACACGUGAAGGUGACCAUAGUGACCACACCCCUCAAUGCUGCUCGAGUCAGUGCCAACAUCGACAGAGAGAUUCAACUUGGCUCACCAAUCCAAAUUCAACUUAUACGAUUCCCAAAUGCGGGGUCCGGAAUACCUGAGGGACAUGAGAGCGUAGAUACUCUGCCUUCCAUGGAUCUUCAGGGGAACUUUUUCAGAGCUUUGUGUUUGUUGCAGCACCCACUUGAAGACCUCUUUGAAAAGCUUGAUCCCACUCCGGACUGCAUAAUAUCUGACAGAUAUGUUCUACCUGCUGCUGAUGUUGCCAGAAAGUUCCAAGUCCCAAGAAUAAUAUUUGAUGGGACUAGUUGUUUCUUCUUACUAUGCAAUCACUGUCUGCAUGAUUCUAAGGUCUAUAAGAAUGUGUCGGACUCAGAACCAUUCUUUGUGCCCGGAUUGCCUGACAGAAUUGAAUUUAAAAAAUAUCAGCUUCCGGGGGCGUUCAAUCCUAAUGCUAAAAACCAAGGUCUGAACAUUGCUCGUGAGAUGGUAAGAGAAUCUGAAGGAGACGCAUUUGGAACGCUGGUGAACAGCUUCCAAGAAUUAGAAGCAAGGUACGUGCAAGAGUAUAAAAAAGUCACCGGGAAAAAGGUCUGGUGUAUUGGCCCCGUCUCACUGUCCAACGAGACCAACUUGGACAAGGCUCAAAGAGGCAAGAAUGACUCAAAUGACAACGAAGAAGCAGGCCAUUAUUAUACGAAGUGGCUUGAUUCAUGGCCGGCAAGAUCUGUCAUCUAUGUCUGCCUUGGAAGCUUAAAUCGAGUAACACCAGAACAAUUGAUGGAGCUCGGUUUGGGACUGGAAGCUACAGAAAGACCAUUCAUUUGGGUGCUAAGAGGUGCAUACAAAAGAGACGAAGCAGAGAAAUUACUGUCAGAAGAUGGAUUAGAGGAGAGGGUGAAAGGAAGAGGAAUAUUAAUAAGAGGUUGGGCACCUCAGGUGUUAAUACUGUCACAUGCAGCGAUAGGAGCUUUCUUAACACAUUGUGGUUGGAAUUCAACGCUGGAAGGAAUAUGCAGUGGGGUACCAUUAAUAACGUUUCCUUUGUUUGGAGAGCAGUUCUAUAAUGAGAAGGUUAUCGUGCAAGUGGUGCAGACCGGCGUGAGGGUGGGAUGUGAGCGUGUGGUGCAUCUUGGGGAGGAAGAGGAUUUUGGCGCAGUUCAAGUGAGAAGGGAACAAGUGAAGGAGGCUGUAGAGAAAGCAUUGGGUGAAGAUGAAGACAGCAGAAGAAUAAGAGAAAGAGCGAGAUUGUUAGCGGAGAAGGCGGAGAAGGCUGUGGAGAAAGGUGGAUCUUCUUUUCUCGACAUGUCACUGCUAAUUGAUGACAUAACACAACAUGUCAAAGGGUUGAAGAUGAAUAAUGGAGCAAAAAGCCACGACUCGGCCAAAAUUAAUGCAUGAAGAGCGUUUGCACUAACUCAGCUUUUGGGGUCUGACUUCUUGUAUUGCUGAGUUGUUGAUGCCUGAUUUACAACGGCAUAAAAAGAAGCUGACAAAAAAUGAAAACCACGUGAUUUUGGCUGUUGGCAAAGUUCUUGGGAAUUAAUACUUGUCGUCCAA